ACUUCGUUUUUGAAUUAAGAAGCGGGCAAUCGAAGAAUGAGUGGACUUCCGUCCUCAUAUAGUCAGAAGGCGGUAUUUCCGACUCAUGUGGACCUCGAUACAGCAUUGUAUGUUGCAUCAAAUCGUUCAGUUGUCGAAUCACUCAUUCAUCUGCCCGGGUCGGGAAUCGACCUGCUGGAAACUUCAGUUGCAUUCACCAGGGUGAGAAAUGGCUGGGUAGGAUAUGUUGGCGAUGUGAACGGCGAAGAUGGAACUAACGCAGUCGUUUAGGAGAUGUUUGUUUUAAUUGCAUAGGCGUCAGUCACCCGUAGACUGCUGUCAGAGGAGCGGAACGCCGUAUAUGGAUGGAUUGAUCGCUAAGUAGCAUGGGAACCGUUGCUGUAAACUGCAAACACAUUUCUUCUGCCCAAAUUCUUAAUGCAUCGUGUAUUGCCAUCAUAGCCGAGAGUCAUGGGACAUUGCGAUGGACCGCUAAAGUUGCUUGGCUCCUUCGACCAGGU